AUGUCGUGGCUCUCCGGUUCCUCCCCUGAAAAGAACGCUCCCGCACCGACCGAGGCGCAGUCCCAACAGCCUGCUCAAACCGAAAAGCCCAAGCCCUGCUGCGUCUGCAAGACAGAGAAGACAGCACGGGACGACUGUAUGCUGUUCUCCAAAUCCGAUAAUCCCGAGAAGGAAUGCCAGUCGACGAUCGACCAGUACAAGAGCUGCAUGGCUGGCUUUGGCUUCAAGGUCUAA